UUUAUUUUUAUAAUUAACCGGUUCAAUUCCAACAACUUUUUAAGAAUUACAAGUAGAAUUAAAAAUGAUUUAAAUAUUCUACUAAGCAUGAAAUUCUACUAAAAAAACCAUCAAAAUUAGUUCUUUUAAAAAAUUAUUGUGUUAGAAUGAUUUCUAUUGUAUCUGUAUGAAAGUAGUGUACAAAAAGACUCCACAAAUCAAAUCAGUAAAUCAUUGUGAAUUGUUUGUUAUUUAAAAAUUAAAAAAUGGCUCAAUUACCUCGACGUAUAAUCAAAGAAACUCAACGACUACUUCAAGAACCAGUACCUGGAAUAAGUGCAGUACCAGAUGAAAGUAAUGCACGAUACUUCCAUGUGAUUGUAACUGGUCCACAAGAUUCACCAUUUGAAGGUGGUUUAUUUAAAUUGGAAUUAUUUUUACCAGAAGAUUAUCCAAUGUCACCACCAAAAGUACGAUUCAUCACGAAAAUAUAUCAUCCAAAUAUUGAUCGUUUAGGUCGAAUUUGUUUGGAUAUAUUAAAAGAUAAAUGGAGUCCAGCAUUACAAAUCCGUACAGUAUUAUUAUCAAUUCAAGCAUUAUUAAGUGCACCAAAUCCAGAUGAUCCAUUAGCUAAUGAUGUUGCUGAAUUAUGGAAAGUGAAUGAAGUUGAAGCGAUCCGUAACGCUAAAGAUUGGACAAGAAGAUAUGCAAUGGGAGAUAGUAAUUGAAGUGAAUUUGUGUAUUUAUAAUAAUUUUUUUGUUUGUAAUUGUAUAUUUGAUUUAAAUUUUCACAUAAUACGAGUAUUAUUUUUUAAAUAUAUUUAUCUAUAAUUGCUUUCCAUACCCAGUGACGGAUUUAGGCCUGCUGCCGCCCUAGGCCCCGUUCAAUGCGCCGCCCUUUUUGAUAGAAUGAAUUUCAUUAGUUUUGAUCCAGUUUUUUUUAUUUUAAAGUAACUUAAUUUAUUAAAAUAUAAUUUUUUAAAUAUUACUGACUAGUUGGGCUUCAAUAGACAGUAAUGCAAGUGCAUUAAGUCUUAUCUUGGCCCAUGCCUGCGCGUAAAUAGGUUUUUACUCUUUUAAGAGUAGGAAAAGAUCUUUCUCCUGAACAAUUUGUAGCCGGAAUAUUCAAAAAAAUACGGAGAGCAAUGUCCACAUUCGGAUAAACAUCUCGAAGAUUCCGUGAAUGCAAUACAUUGCAUAUUUCUUGUGCAGAGCGUACAUCUUCCAUAUUUGCCAAGGAAUGUUUGAGUUGACAAUGUAAAUGAAUGCAUUCAUUGCCUAACGUCUCUUCCAAUUCAUCAGGAUACUUACUGAUUAGUUUAUUGGCAAGAUUUUUUAAU